GGCUUCAAACUUGUGAUCCUUCUGCUUCAGCCUCUCAAGUCGCUGGGAUCACAGGCCUGCACCACUGUACCUGGCAUUGUUCAUUACCUUUAAAGAAGGACAUACAAAAGUGAAUGUGUAUACAUAACAGUGACCUGUUAUCACAGUAGCAGAGUCUGAUAUCCCCAGCAGAUCUCCAGUUGCUUCUAACAUCACCUCCCUCCCUUAUCUCCCUUUGUGGCCUCCUAAAUGCCCAUCUCGUUGGCCUGGGUUCAGUUGGUGGUAUGGAGGGGUGCUGCCUAGCACUGACCUGGGAGUGUGUGUGACCUACUGACCCAAUGGACAUCAAAGGCCAGUUCUGGAAUGAUGAUGAUUCAGAAGGAGAUAAUGAAUCAGAGGAAUUUCUCUAUGGAGUUCAGGGGAGCUGUGCAGCUGACCUGUAUCGACACCCACAGCUUGAUGCAGACAUUGAAGCUGUGAAGGAGAUCUACAGUGAGAACUCUGUAUCCAUCAGAGAAUAUGGAACUAUCGAUGACGUGGACAUUGAUCUCCACAUCAACAUCAGCUUCCUCGAUGAGGAAGUAUCUACAGCCUGGAAGGUCCUCCGGACAGAACCUAUUGUGUUAAGGCUGAGAUUUUCUCUCUCCCAGUACCUUGAUGGACCAGAACCAUCAAUUGAGGUUUUCCAGCCAUCGAAUAAGGAAGGGUUUGGACUGGGUCUUCAGUUGAAAAAACAGAAUACCCAGGAAACCCCAGAGAAAGAAGAAACACUAAAGGUGGGUCAGAGAAGAAUGGUAUCACAGAAGACAAGGCAAGACAACUUCUUUAUCGAGGAGCUACGAGUUGGGCGCCUCAUGAAUCGUUCCAUCUCCUGUACCAUGAAGAACCCCAAAGUGGAGGUGUUUGGCUACCCUCCCAGCCCUCAGGUUAGUGGUCACUGCAAGAACAUUCCCACUCUGGAGUAUGGAUUCCUUGUCCAGAUCAUGAAAUAUGCAGAGCAGAGGAUUCCAACAUUGAAUGAGUACUGUGUGGUGUGUGAUGAGCAGCAUGUCUUCCAAAAUGGUUCCAUGCUUAAGCCAGCUGUCUGUACUCGUGAACUGUGCGUCUUCUCCUUCUACACACUGGGAGUCAUGUCUGGAGCUGCAGAGGAGGUGGCUACUGGAGCAGAGGUGGUGGAUCUGCUGGUGGCCAUGUGUAGGGCAGCUUUGGAAUCCCCUAGAAAGAGUAUCAUCUUUGAGCCUUACCCCUCCGUGGUGGACCCCACUGAUCCCAAGACUCUGGCCUUUAACCCUAAGAAGAAGAAUUAUGAGCGGCUUCAGAAAGCUCUGGAUAGUGUAAUGUCCAUCCGGGAGAUGACCCAGGGCUCAUAUUUGGAAAUCAAGAAGCAGAUGGACAAGCUGGACCCCUUGGCUCAUCCUCUCCUGCAAUGGAUCAUCUCUAGCAACAGGUCACACAUUGUCAAACUACCUCUCAGCAGGCAGCUGAAGUUCAUGCACACCUCACACCAGUUCCUCCUGCUGAGCAGCCCUCCUGCCAAGGAGGCUCGGUUCCGGACCGCCAAGAAGCUCUAUGGCAGCACCUUUGCCUUCCAUGGGUCCCACAUUGAGAACUGGCAUUCAAUCCUGCGCAAUGGGCUAGUCAAUGCAUCCUACACCAAACUGCAGCUGCAUGGAGCAGCCUAUGGCAAAGGCAUCUACCUGAGCCCCAUCUCCAGUAUUUCCUUUGGAUACUCAGGAAUGGGAAAAGGACAGCACAGGAUGCCCUCCAAGGAUGAGCUGGUCCAGAGAUAUAACAGGAUGAAUACCAUCCCCCAGACUCGAUCCAUUCAGUCAAGGUUCCUGCAGAGUCGGAAUCUAAAUUGUAUAGCACUUUGUGAAGUGAUUACAUCUAAGGACCUCCAGAAGCAUGGGAACAUUUGGGUGUGCCCUGUGUCCGACCAUGUCUGCACAAGGUUCUUCUUUGUAUAUGAGGAUGGUCAGGUGGGCGAUGCCAACAUUAAUACUCAGGACCCCAAGAUACAGAAGGAAAUCAUGCGUGUGAUCGGAACUCAGGUUUACACAAACUAAGGGGGCCCCAGCCCUCGUACCACCCUGUUCCCCCAGGAUCCAUCUGCCCUCAUUAAAGGGCUCAGGAGCAGCAGGUGAGGCUGCCCUGAGGAAUCAAGAGGCCAUUGUCAAGGGRCAGGAAAAGGAUAGAAGAGACAACCUUCAUGGUGGAGACUGACCCAGGAACCAUUCCACAUUUGGAUGGCCCAGACUGAUUCCAAUCCCUGAUUUGCCCAAUUGACUUCACUCUGUUUGUAAAUAAAACAAUAAAAUGGAAGGUGCU